AUAUAAUUUAUCGAGUUGAAUAUUUUCCUCAAAAUGAUCGUUAAUCGAUUAAUAAACUGUUUAAUAAAAAGACGACAUUCAACUAAUAAAUUAAGGUUUUAUACAAAUUCGUAUCAAAAGCAAACAGAUAUUGAUCAAUCCGUCAAUUUACAAGCAACUUUUCCUUCGAGAACUCACACUUGUGGAGACUUACGUUCAAGUCAUGUUAAUCAACGUGUGGUGUUAAGUGGUUGGGCACAAAGAAUUCGCAAGUUAUCUCCAGAAUUGAUUUUUCUUCCAAUUCGAGAUUCAUAUGGAACAACUCAACUUGUAUAUAGAUCACCCAGCUUGGCUGAUUAUACAAAUCUGAUUCUUCAGGAGAAACUUUCUCAAUUAUCAACAGAAAGUGUUAUUUGUGUAGAAGGGGUUGUUAUCCAAAGAUCUCAAGAUACUAUUAAUAAGAAUAUGCCAACUGGUGAAAUUGAGGUUGAAAUUGACAAGUUACAUUGUCUUAACCCAGCAAAUACUUUGCCAUUUCUUCCAUCUGAUAAAAAAUUAUCAAGUGAGGAAGUUAGGUCGAAACAUCGAUAUAUUGAUUUACGGCGAGAUACUCUUCAAAAUAAUCUUCGUAAACGUUCACUUGCAUCAUGGAUUAUAAGAGAUUUUCUUGUGGAUGAAGGAUUCGUUGAAGUCGAAACACCAAUAUUAUUUAAAUCAACACCUGAAGGAGCAAGAGAGUUUAUAGUACCAACAAGAACGAAAGGAUUAUUUUACGCAUUAACACAAAGUCCGCAACAAUAUAAACAAUUACUUAUGGUCGGAGGAAUUGAUAAAUAUUUUCAAAUAGCAAAAUGUUUUCGUGAUGAAGAUCUUAGAGCUGAUAGACAGCCAGAAUUUACUCAAAUUGAUUUAGAAAUGUCAUUUGUAAAAGUAGAUGAUAUAAUAUCAUUAAUUGAAAAAAUGUUGGUACAAGUUUGGAAAAAAGUUCUUGGAAUAGAUCUGACAAAUAAAGUACCAUUCCAAAGAAUGACUUUUAAUGAAGCCAUGAGAAAAUUUGGGUCAGACAAGCCAGAUACACGUUAUGGCAUGGAAAUCAGGGAUAUUUCAUCAUUUAUAUCUGAUCUUUCAGUUCUAUCUGAAUAUUAUGUUGAAUGUUUAGUUAUUAAAAAUGGCAUUACGUUAUUAAGUAACAGUGAAAUUGAGUCGUUAAAGUUAUUAGAUACCUCAGAAGAUUCAAAAGCUAAAUGUGAAUUCCAUAAAAUAAAAGCUGACAAGUUAAAUUCAUGGUUUUUUGAUUCACAUUUAUUGAAGCAUUCAUCUAAUUUAUAUGAUUCUUUUACUAAAGAACUUAAUAUUGAAGUUGGAGAUUUUGUAAUUAUGAAUAAACGAAAAAAAAAUCUUACAAAAAGUUGGACAUUAUUAGGAAGAAUUCGAUCACAAUUCAUAACCCUUUUGCAAUUGAAAGGUAUUUUGGAUAUAUCACCAUUGGAGCAUAACUUUCUUUGGAUUGAAUCAUUUCCUUUAUUUACUCAUAAUGAUGAUACUGGACAGCUGGUUUCAACACAUCAUCCAUUCACAGCUCCUCUAUCCGAAGAUAUUGAGUUAAUUUUUAAAAAUCCUGAAAAGGUUAAAGGACAAAAUUAUGAUUUAAUAUUAAAUGGAGUAGAAAUUGGAGGAGGUUCCAUAAGAAUUCAUUCACCAAAAUUACAAUAUAUAAUAUUUAAUGAAAUAUUAAAGUUAAGCAAUGAAGAAAUAAAAGGAUUUGAACACUUAAUAAAUGCACUUGGACAUGGCUGUCCUCCACAUGGUGGAAUAGCAAUAGGAUUUGAUAGAUUAUUAACAAUAAUGUGCGAAACAAAUUCGAUUAAAAAUGUAAUUGCAUUUCCGAAAACUGCAUCUGGUAAUGAUUUAACAGUAUUUAGCCCUUCUGAAAUUUCUAAGGAAAAAAUGAAAGAAUAUGGGAUUCAAUUAAUCUCUGAUAAAAAUUAAAUUAAUAAAAAUAAUUAUUUAUACCUUGAUCGGCUCCUUCAU